AUUAAUAAUUUCGGAAAUCCGAGAAAACUAUCUGACAAAAUCGGAUUUUCGCCAGAAUUUCCAAACUGAAAUUCGAACAGAAGCAUUUCGGGAAGAAGUGCUUAGAGUCCUCACAUACCUGCAAGCUAAAAGAGAUCCAAGCCUUGAUAAAAGUACCAAUAACAGGGAAAAGCGUAGCGUUCGGAAACCUAUCGAAUACAAUUUUGCCGGCAAACGGAAAAGAGAUGAACCGCUCAUCGAGUUUUUCCACCCGAAAGCACCUCUUAUGGACGAAAAUGAGGAGGACACCCGACGGAGAGUUAACGCUAAAGGUGGAGCAUCAUCAGAUGGUCAGUGGGUUUUGAUGACUGGUUCCAGUAGAAUUCAAAUUAUCAAACGGUCAACAUCAGCAAACCAUUCAGAAACGGAUGAAACAUUGGAGUUAGGUCUAAAAGCAGUGCUGAACAUCCACACGCCACAAAAGAAACCACACUUAAAGGAAACAUUAAGCAAAGCAGACUGUGAGGAAACUCAGCUGGCAGGAUUUUGCAAAAAAAUUAAAGACUUUUGCCCUCAAUUGCCGGGACCAAAAGGAGAUAGAGGAGACACGGGCUUGCCAGGAACCCCAGGAUUGCCUGGAAUUUCUGGCGCCAAAGGUGUUCCUGGACCUGUGGGGCCUCCAGGUAAAAUUGGGCCUCCUGGUAUGCCCGGUCGGAAAGGAGAUUUGGGAUGGCCUGGAGUUUCUGGAAUGGCAGGGGAAAAAGGCGAACAGGGCCGCCCUGGUCUGGACGGAAGAAUUGGAAUACCUGGAACACCGGGUUUGGAUGGAAUGCCUGGACGUAAUGGAUAUGAUGGUUUGCCGGGUAAAGAUGGAAUACCUGGCAGGAAUGGAAAAGAUGGAAUUAAUGGCCAUAAAGGGGACCGCGGCCUUCCGGGCCCACAAGGACCUUCUGGUGUGAGAGGUAUUCCUGGACCAAAAGGAAAAGUCGGGAGACCUGGAACUAACGGAACUCCUGGUUUGCCCGGAGUAUCUGCAUAUAAGUAUGCUUCAAGCAACAGCAGCAAACUUCUAAUUCCUCCCUCAAUUUCUGGGUAUCCGUACGGUCAUAUGGGCCCCACUUCUGUUCCUGAAGGCAAGAAUGUGCGAUUCCACUGUUCAGCCACAGGUAACCCCACACCGAAAAUAACGUGGCAAAAGUUCGACAACAGCCCUAUUAACCGAGGAGCUUGGGAAGAUGUUCAAGUUCCUGAAGCCGUCCUGAGUUUUCCUCAGGUCAAUAGGGAACACAUGGGAAAAUAUCUCUGCAUUGCUGAUAAUGGAAUCCCGCCUCCAGCUAAUCAUACCUUUCAUCUGGAAGUGACUUUUCCUCCACUUAUCAGUAUAGAAGACCAGAUGGUUGGUGUAGCAAACGGUUCGACUGCUGUUCUCGAAUGUUCAAUUGAAGCGUUCCCAGAACCAAUUCGCUAUUGGGAACGAUCGGAUGGUAGACUAUUGGAAAAUGGCGAUAAGUUCCGAAUAGACAACUCAAAGGUAAAAUCUGGAUAUAAAUCCCGCAUGCAGCUGAAUAUAUCGCGUGUAACACAUCACGACAGGCAGUAUCUUUAUUAUUGUGUGAGCAAGAACGAGUUUCAAUUGACAAGAGGAGAAUUCAAGCUUUACGAAAUCGAUCCCAGAGACUCACUAUCAAGUCGAAAUAGCUCACAAAGAAGGACUUUCGGUAUACAACCACCCGGAAAAGUAGCAUUAGAGGAUCUGUGCACGCCUCCCACCCCAUGCCCGAAAUGCGAGCCCAAAGAAGUCACUUGCAGUGCAGCUGGUGUAAAUCUUCUCGAUUUAAUAAGCCAAUGGAGAGUGCGACCUUAUGGAGAUAUCAAGUAUUCAAUGGCAAAUCUAUCAAGAUCCAUAGAUUGUGUGCUCUAUGCAGUAGGAAAACCAGUUUUCAAUAGAUUUUCCGAUUUUACUUAUGGAUGUUGGAUGACUGAUGCGCAUCCAGAAUCCCGACCGGGCUACUUCUGGGUGACAAAUGAAACCAGCUCUAAUGAACUGAUUGAGUACAAAAAUAAAUCCGCAUACAGACAAAAUAUUCCGUCGAAUGUGUAUAGGCUGGACCAUCCUUUCAGCGGAAAUGCCCAUGUAGUUUACAACGGUUCCUUUUUCUACAACGUUAAAGGCACCAGAAGAAUACUCAAAUAUAAUCUAUCGAAUAAAAAUACCAUUUCACUAGAUCUUCCCGGUAAUAUGAACGAUAUUUCAAAGCUAUAUUCAGGCCAGUAUAACUAUGUGGACUUCUGCGUGGAUGAGAAUGGUUUGUGGUUGAUUUUUGCAGUUCCAGACUCCAACAAUACCGCAGUCAUGAAGGUGGAUAUUGAAAGAAUGACACCGCAAUACAUAUGGAACAUGACUAUCGAUCAUCACAAAGUUGGUGAAAUGUUCAUAGUGUGUGGUGUUCUCUAUGCUGUAGACAAUGUGUCUGAUAGGCAAAGUAGAAUUCGGUUCGCUUUCGAUUUGUACAAGAGUAAGCUGAUAGAUGUUAGCUUGCAAUUCAACAAUCCUUUCAGAAAAACUACCAUGAUCAGCUAUAAUCACAAAUCAAAGGAAUUGUAUUCAUGGGAUAAAGGAAACCAGUUGAUUCACCCAGUUAGAUCGCACGAUAUCGGCUACGACUAUAAUCAGACAGUGAAAGAUGAAAAACCAGCAGACCUAUCAGAUCCCAUAACGGCAAAGCAAACAGGUUUUGAAAUAAAUUAAGAAUCAAAAUUGUUUCAAAAUGAAAUUGUAACACUUACUUACUAAUCUGUAAUUACUGACUAAAAAAAUUGCAAAUUAUUAAUGUUUGUAUUGUAGAUUUUAUAAUAAAAAUGAUUAAUACC